AUGGUGCGACCGCGGCUCAUAGGCCUUUUGGCCGCUCAUUUUGCCUCGUCAGAUCUCAGUCGGGUGGAGCGGCUGCGCCGGUUGCUCCACUCAGUGGAGGAGCAGACUUGGCGUGUUCCGCUCUUGGUCAGCUGGUCAGCAGAAGAGGCAGAGGCCGACAAGGCCUAUGGCGUGGCCGGAAAAGCACAAGCCGUCCUUGAUGAGUUCCAAGAGAGGGGUGUCAUCCAUGCAAUGCCUCGCCUGCGUGGCCGGCGCUCGCAAUUCCAGCACUACGCGCGCUUGAGGGAGAGCCUCAGGCGGCAUGUAGGAGAUGAUGCGCCGUGGGUCUUUUUCUCCGACGAUGAUGACCUUUGGCACCCGAAACGUGCGGAGGAAUAUGGUGCUGCGAUUCAGGAGAGGCCAAAUCAAGAACCAGUAGUUCACUCCAGGAUUCACCUGACGCCUGGGCUGGGUCCCCGUUUGCCACUCACUGCCCGUGCUGCGGACGUGACACGGAUGGAGGCAGACGGGUUGCUACGUGUGGCCAUCAGCGCGGAGCAGGAAAAACCAGGACUCUUUGGUACGGCGACGGGCGAAUACUUCGAUGCCGCGGCGGAGUUCCAUGUCUUUGAUGACUUCUUUGAGCGGCACAAUGACCGGGUCAUUGCCAAUCAGUUUGCGGACAUCCGCUUCAGAACUCAUCUCUUGCGUGGUCCUGGCCGUGUGCAUCGGUUUCUUCCGCGAAGCGCAUCCGGCAACAAUCGAGAAGGCCACCUUCCUUGGAUGUAUUUCUAUGAUAGGCCAACGAUGCCUUACAGUACACCGCCUGGGGAGGAGGAUCUGCAAUAUGUCUCCACCGAGUUGCCUGAUCCAAAGCGGAUUGCCGGCAUGCGGCAAACCUUGGACUGCGUGCUUUUUCAGCUGACCCCUACGAAAGGGCCGUUGGAGAUCACCGAGCAGGAGUUUGCUCAAUCCUUGGUUGGCACCUUGAAUGAGGUGACCUCUGCUAGUGGCUAUGGCCUUGGACCGUUGCCGGAAGCAUGGAGUGAAAGUUGUGAAAUCCUAGGCCCUGCGCAAACCGCCAUCGUCCAACGCAUUGAGCUGCGGUUGGCACAGCUAGCAAAACUACCUAUCGAGACCCUGGAGAGACUGGUCGUUGUGCGCUAUGAGCCGGGCCAAGAAUUUACUGUACAUCAUGAUGGGAAGUUUCGGCCUAUCACCAUCUUUCUUUACCUCAACGAGCUCCCAGACAAUGCUGGGGGCGACACGUUUUUCCCACAUCUUGGCUUUAGCUUCGUUCCGAGAACAGGCUGCGCCGUGAUGUGGCCCAACGCACAGCCUGACGGGAAGGAGGAUAGCCGCAUGGUGCAUGCUGGCCGGCCACCAACAGUUGGGGUCAAGUUUGGUGUGAACUGCUUUUUCAAUGUGGACACCAAGCGGCUGGUGAUGUCGCCCAGCAUGAAUAUGGAUGCAACGGAAUGUCACCGUGUCGAUGUUGCUGCUCUUGAAGCUCAGCUGGUCAAUGUUGAGGACCCAUCGGUACGCCGAAGGACCUUCACGUUGAAUACUGAACCUCAGAUCCGUGCUGUGCCACAUUUCCUGACUCCUGAGGAGGUGAGAGAGAUGCUAGCAGAUGCCGAAACUGAUCAAGGCGGAGAGCCAUGCUUUGGGGGUGCCACCGUCCUUUUGAAGACUUUCCCUUUUGGGGAGCGGCCUGUGGUAGAGACGGUGGAGGCACGCUUGAUCUCCUGGAAUGAGUUUGCACCGGAGAACCUGGGGCAGCUGAAACUGGUGCGGGGGAACACUCAACCAGGGCUUGGAAAUCGUGGAGGUGGACAACGGUGCGCCAGCAUUUGCCUGUGUGACCAGGCGGAGGUCCACUUCCCUCACUUGGGGCUUCUCUUGGCCAUGCGGAUGGGAGAUCUGGUGGAAUGGCCCAACGCUUGGUUUCAAGAAGAGACGGAUAACAAGGAGAAAGUCACGCUGCAGCCACAGCAGGGGGAACAGGAUGCGCGUCGCGAGAUGCUGCAUGGCACGUGGCAGGGUCACGCAGAGCCUGAAAACACCACAGCUCCAUGCUGGCACACGCACCCGUCCUUCCGGGACACAGAGUCGGCCUUGAGGAUCGGCGAGCCGCACUCGAAGAUCGAGUUGGCGCGGAUCGGCGUGACCAGACGACCAGGUCUAAACAUGUCUGUAGACUCUUGAUUCACAACCCCACCCAAAUGAACAUCCUCUUCAUACGAGGGGUGUAUUAACCAAGAGUCUAUGUCUACUGGAGCAGUUUUUGGACAUCAUAUAUUCCUAUGUCACUCGGAGACGGAAGCUGCAUGUUGGAUCUCCGCAGCAGAGAGUGACUCCAAGCAUGAUCCGGUCGAGUUCAGAGCGGGGGGACAGCCCCUCCCGGCUACGUGGCACCUUGUCAUGUGCGUCCUUAGCCUCGAGUGGACUCUUCACCGGCACGUUGAUGUCCCGGCGUAGCCGAUCGGCCUCGGUGCCGGGACAGACGCCCAGGAGCCGGAAUCAUGGGAGAUCCUACUCACCGCGACGCUUCGCGUCGCGACAUGUGCCCUCGGCCGCGGAGGAGUUGGCGCGGAGUGAAGCCAUUGACCCGAUGGUCAUCAAACGCUUCGAUGGAUUGAUGAAGCACUUGAAGAGGAAUACAGACAAGCAGGACUUUGAGAAACAGGUGCUGGCCUCACCAUGUGAUGCUUUGGUGCCUGAGGAGUAUGAUGAAGUGCUACGAGGGGAAUUUGCUCGACAUUGCAGCUAUGGGGAGCGCUUGAACACCGAGCUGAUGCACUCGGGCAAGUGGAUCAAGAUGCUGAAGGAGCUCGGCUUCAUGCCAAGCUUUGAAAAGGAAAAGAAAGAUAAGAACAAGGAGAGCAAAACUAGACGAAGACAAGGGCCUUGCCUCACAUCGCCGGCGGUUGCGGACAUCAUCUUUCAGCGAGUGCUUCAUGACACAGAUUAUGGUGGUAAGCGCUUGACCUACGACUUCUUUUGCAAAGCUCUGUGCUUGGUGGCCGCCAACAUCUAUCCUGAGCUGGAUUGGGAAGCAGCCAUGCAGGAACUGCUCAGCCGAGUAGCCGCAGCUGCCGAAGAGGUGGAGCUGGUAGAAGAGGAGCCUCCAGAUUUCUCCUUGGAUCCCAAUGUGCUUUUGGUUCUGGAGCACUUCAAGCCCAAAUUGCAUGACCUCUUUCGCUCCUUUGCUUGCCGUCAGCUCCGGGGACCUACGGAUGCGAAGGUGGGCAGUGGCACGACCAGAUUGAAGGAACGGACCAUUUGGAAGCAGACACAGGAAACCAUGCUCGCCUCCAGGGUAUCUUCUUGCAGAGGCACCUUGAAGGAGAUUGAUGGAGAUCCUUCAGAGCUUGAGGGUGAAAGCACACGGACAUCUUUGCCUUGUGUCAAGGAGUGUGAGGGCACUGGCAUGGAAGUGGCUUCUCCAGAGGCAAAUCAGGUCGGUUCCUCACCUUUGCCAAAUCAGGUCGGUUCUCCCAGGAAGGCCAUGCUCCCCGCGGGGGCCAUUGGCUUUGACAUGAGUUCUCGAGGGAUAUCUUCACGUAGUCAGUCUCUGCUGGCUUGGGCGGAGAAUCAGGGAUACUUUAGCCCUGUAAGCCCUGGCAGCAAGAAAUCCAUGAGCAGUCGUGGCCAGUGGAGUCCCUCGUCCAAGGACCCCUAUACCUAUGCAUGUGGCAGCCCCACCAUGAGGAAUCGUCAAAGCUACAUGUCUCUGGAGCAGCUUUUCUCACUGUGCAAGGAGCUCAAGAUCAUGCCUGAUGUCAUCAACCGGCAAACCGUCGUCAGAAUUUUCAAGAGGGCACAAUGCGCAGGAUCAGCAAGUGCACACGCAGGCAGUAACUUUGGAUACCUCACGCAAGAGGCCUUCGUUGAUUGCAUUGGCCGGAUUGGCAUCGAAGCCUAUUCGGAUGCCCCCUACUGCGACGAGUACCCCGAGCCACAUGAGAAGAUCCAUGCAUUUCUGUGUGAUCGACUUCCCGGUGAGAUUCGAACGAUGCGAGACCGUUUUCUCUAUGGUUGUAGUGGUCGAGGGCCCACAGUACAACCUGGCUACAUUGGCGGCUAGGACCGCAUGCGAACGGAGCGUCUCACACUUUCGCAGAGCGAGCCGCCUCAAGGGCGAUGUCAUUUCUGCACAGUGAUGGCCUCAAGUCGCAGGCACAUCCUUCGUUGCUGUGCGCAAAGCGCACCAAGUGAGCAAUGAGCAUCGUGCCAUGAAAGGUGUCACUCUUC